AUGGAGCUGAGGCUGGUGGAAUCUGGAGGGGAUAUAAAAAGGCCUGGAGAAUCCCUCCGUCUCUCCUGCCAAGCUUCGGGCUUCACCUUCAGCAGCGAUGAGAUGUGCUGGGAUGAGGUUGAUGAUGAACAUGAUGAGGAUGAAGAUGAUUGUUCUGAUGUUCCUCAGACCAGCCUUCAUCUUGAAGCUACGUGUGCAACGUCUAUUGAAAGAAGUGUCAAGGUCAAAAGAGGAGCAAAAAUGGUCCCCUGGCUAAACUUGGUGUCCUUAUUAGUAGUCCUCCAAGGAGCUCAGUCUGAGGGCCAGUUGGUGGAGUCUGGAGGGGAGGUGAGAAGGCCUGGAGAGUCCCUCCGCCUCUCCUGCCAAGCCUCCGGAUUCACUUUCAGCAGUUACGGCAUGAACUGGUUCAGACAGGCUCCAGGGAAAGGCCUGGAGUGGGUAGCCCACAUAAAUCCAAGUUCCAGUACUUACCACUCGGACAAAGUGAAGGGACGCUUCACCAUCUCCAGGGACAACUCCAAAAGCCAACUCUAUCUGCAGAUGAACAGCCUGAAGCCGGAGGACUCGGCAGUCUAUUAUUGUGUGGGAGACACAGUGAGAGGAACUCCCUGGCAGUUCCUGCUGCCACCCCCUCCCCACCCAGGGAUGCCUCGACCUGCCAUCCCCUCCACUAACUUCCGGGUGGAGUCCGGAGGGGAUGUGAGGAGGCCUGGAGAGUCCCUCCACCUCUCCUGCCAAGGCUCUGGGUUCAACUUCGGGGGCUACCACAUGAACUGGGUGAGACAGGCCCAUGGAAAGGGGCUGGAAUGGGUGGCAUACAUAAGCUACAAUUCAGGUACCAUUUACUACUUGGACAAAGUGAAGGGACGCUUCACCAUCUCCAGGGACAACUCCAAAAGCCAAGUCUAUCUGCAAAUGAACAGCCUGAAGCUGGAGGACUCGGCAGUCUAUUACUGUGCG